GUCAGGUCGUGAACUAUCUAAACAAGACAAAGACCAGUACCAGUUCUGGCCUGCGAGCCGACGAGGUGUAGUAAGUAUGCUUGUUGACCGUCUGGCCCUAUCCGCCACGGAGCGGGCUUUUUUGCAGCAGGUAGAGUUCCGUUUGGGAGUUACGCAGAAGGAAAUUCAGGAGUCAGAGAUAGAUGCGUCUCUGCAACCUGGAGUGCUGCUUGCGGUCCCUCCCGGUGAGGCGAAAGAGCGGGACUUCGUUUCCUUAUGCCAAGAGGACAGUGGCAGCCCACUCGAGGAUGUAGCCGCAGGACCCAAGAAAAGCGGCAAAAAGCGACCACCUCGCGUCUUCGAGUGCUUUGUGCCUUACGAUGCAUCCCGGUUUGCGACCGUAGAGCAAGCGCUCGCUAAACUCGACGUCGAAAAGUGCAAGUUUUAUGAAGGUAAAAAUACAUACGUUGUAAUUUAGGUUUCAUGGCACUUCGGUGCCAUGCAUCUUGUAAAGUAUGUUUACAGGCCCAGAAAGCAGGCCCGCCAUCAAGGGCUCGCUGCACUGGGCGUAGGUUGGCAACUAGACAGGUAAGACGAACGAACAAACUCGCUAAGUCCGCUCGCCAGGGCUAGAAAGAAAGACUGGCAAGCUGGCUGCCACUGUGGCGAGGCUAGUAAGCUGGCUAGCGCUAUGGCUAAGCUUGCGCGGUGGCUGUGGCUAAGCUAGCACUGUGGCCCUGGCUAGGCUAGCAGACCGGCGACGGCAAAGCUAGCAAGCUGGUGAUGCUGAUGGCUAAGCCAGCGGGCUGGCUAUGGCUAAGGUAGCCGCCUGGUUUUGGCUAUGGUUAAGCAAGCAAGCCAGCUAGGGCGAAGCUAGCGAGGGAGGCUGGCCAUAGCAUCGCUAUGGCUAAGGUAGCGAGGUAAGCUGGCCAUGGCUAAGCUACAGCAAAGCAACGCCAACUAAGGCAAUCUAGCAAGGCAAGAGGGCUAUGGCUAAGCUAGGCUAGCAAAGCAAGCUGGCUACGCUUGAGCUAGCAAAGCAAGCUGGCUACGCUAUUGCCAAGCUAGCAGGCUGGCCAUGGCAGGCUGACCCCGAUGCGGCAGGUUCUUGAAAUCCUUAGAUAGAGGCAUCGCCUUAAGAGGUCGGGCGUCCCUUAGGGGAGUGCCUAUUCUUAGCCUAAGUCUAUAACAAGGCCUCCUUAAUAAGGGGCCUCCUUGGCGCACAUUUUUGGCCUUUAAGGAAGACCCAUGAUAGCUUUUUAUAAUCGAAAUUGCUUAAGGGAUGCCAUUUCCUUAAGGAAGGCGCUUAAGGAUUUUAGGGAAAUCGCUCAUACUAUAGAGACUAGCAUCUUCCUUUAGAGGGUGCCUCGUCCAUAACUUCUGUGAACUAAUGUCUCUUAGAUAGUUACGUUGAACAAUAACAAAGAUACAAAAAUGAUACAUAUGUAAAAGCUGCUGUUUCUUUUCGAGUCCAUUCCUUUGACCUUGUUUGGCUUUUGUUCUGAUGAUGAAUGGUAAGAUCUUAUCGCGAUAUGAUCUAUCAGCAUGAUCAGAAAUCCAUGUUGUCUGAGCAGGUCGUCUGGAGUCGAUCUUGUUCGAGGAGUGUGGGAAGUCAGAAGGAUCGCUGUCGGACAAAAGGGGGCCUUCCGUGAUUCUCGACGGUGUGGUUGCUGGUGACGAGUCGGUGGAAGAUGACGGUGUACCUGCUGGAUCGCAUUUGAAGUCUCUCGUCUCCCGUUUCAAUCGACGCACCGGGUAUGGCAUUACUGGCCGCGCCACGUGUCCAGCAACAGAGGGUAGUCUCCGUGGCUACCCGGGACCGCCUCCGCGCAUUUCUGCGCCACCUACGAGGACCGCGCUAAGCCUGAAGGCGCGCGCGACGGGUUUAGUUCCAGUGGCAGAGGAUGAAGACGAAGCGAAGGGACGACACACAGAGGCCGUGAUUAUUGACGGCGUAGACCUACGCGAUGAUCCGGAGGCCAACAAUGCUGCGAGCCGCAUCCAGCGCCGUUUUCGCAACAAAAAACACGCUGCAGUUCCAGUUAUUCAGGCAGAAACAAAGAAAGCUGAGGAAAAUCCCGUUUAAGGCUGCGCUUAUUGUUCUCUUGCAGCGCCGGAGACUUGACUCAUCUGGUACUUCAUCAGUUAUCUGACUUAUAGGUCUAGGAAGCGAAAAUUAUGCGUCGGGUCACACUGACUUAUUUUCUGAAUAGCUCUCUAAAUCCGGAAGACAUUGGGGCUUACGGGCAGUGCCGAAGAAACUAAGGCCGCAACGAGUAUUCAGCUCAGAUUUCGUAAAAAGCAAGCACUGAGAAAGGCGCAAGAACAAACUUCUUCGACAGAAAAUAGUCGUCCCAGUGGAGACACGAGCACGAGUACAGGAUCAGAGGACAAAGCGAAAAGCGGAACCACUGGGUCCGAAGCAGCGGACAAAAAGUCGCCAACGAGCAGCUCAAAUUCGUCCUCACUCCUCUCUAUUGACUCAUCAUCUUCCUCUUCAUCAAGCAGUGCUGCUUCGUCUCCAGCGGAACUCAGCGAGUCCUCAGGUGUCCAGGUAUUAUCACUUUGCGGUGGUUGCAUGUGAACAAGAAUCUCUGAUAAUGUGGCACUCCAAACUCGAAGAUGAAGACAGAGUGUAUGAUGUGUAACAUCUUCAAUAACGAAGAAGCAAUCUAACAAGACGACAGGAAUAGAUUGAUGCCAAGAAUAAUCUUUGGCCUGAGAUGAACGUGUUUCGAAACCAGCUUUAACCAAAAAUGAUUAUCAGGGCAACAAAAGUGGAGAUGGGUCGUCGGUAAGCGCGAGUCCUAUUUCUGCGGAGAGCGGAACUGGGGAAGAUACUACAUUGCUCGCCGAUCUGCAGAAUUUCAUGACGUCUCCAAAAGAGGCUUUUAGUUGGGGUGGCAUCGACGUAGGGUCCCUGCACACGAAUUUAAGGCUUUGUAGCGAUUUAAUAGUUUACUCAGAUUCUCUAGGUGCACACUCCCGCCGUUGCAGUAAGAAGACGAAGGGAGCUUACUACAGGAAGACCGAAAGGCAGAUAUCAACAAGAGAUGCAGUAAUCCAAAGUUCUAACGAAGGUAACCACAAUGACUACAACGACCACCACAACGACAAAGACAAAUCGCGUUUCGGGUCGUGGGAGCGCAAACGGGGGACCGCGCAUCGCGCUGUUGGCUUGCAAAGUUGUCAUAAAACAGCCCUUUGUGACAUCUGAAAAGAAAUAUCUGGAGCUAGGCAUUUCCGGUGUACCCGAAGACUACGACGCGAUUGUCUUUGAAGAGGAAAGCACUACUUCCAGUGAGUUCAAUAUCGCGGGAGGAGCGUCGACGGAGCAAGUGACAACGUCAACUACAACCACUUCAUGCACUACGGCAUCUCACCAAAUCACCGCUUCUGCGUCGCAAACUGUCAGCUCAUCGAGCAUGAUGUCCGCAUCGACCAUCAAAUCCCCUGGAAAUGGAGCCAUAUACCGGGUCCGAAGCCUACGCCAGGUGCUCCCUCUCUAUGCCAUUGAGCUAGAGUCUGUUUCGAAGAGAGAAGAAAUCUCCCACAUGAAAUGCCACAAUUGCCGUGAGCGUGGCGUUACCACGGAUUCGCAGUGUUAUGCCACGUGUUUCGCUCACUACUAGUACAAUUUGAAUUUGUACAUUUUCUAUUUUUUCUCUUAUGAGACGAGGAGCAGCGUUUCAAACUCAGUUUUCCUGUACUGGUUUUUGAUUCUCAUGCGGCUGUCUCUAAAAGACGUCGGUGGAGCUUGAGGGUUGGACACUUUGCAACGAUUGCUUGGAGUCAUUCGAGAAAUUCAUUCCGGAUUACAAAACAAAAAAGAAGGUAGUGCCGAUCGGCGACAUGCAGCCAGUGGCAAAGAAGUGCCCUACUCAUCCGGGUGAAAACCUAGAUCUCUGGUGCGACGAAUGCGCUCGCCCCAUAUGUCAGCUUUGCAAAGUCAUCGGAGAUCACAGCACCGGGGAAUUCCGCGGUCACCACAUCACGGGAUUAACAGCGAAACACACACAGGUACUAAAUUUGAGGUCGUUUUGAUGAGCUGGGAAGUUGCAGCUUGAUAAAGUUAAGCGGAGAUAACAUGCAAAUGAUACAAAACCCUUAUCAUUCCUCUCACUCGGUCCAACAAUUUUUGCGUCACAUUUUCAGGUGCAGAUGGACAUUCGUCGAUCGAAGACGCACUUUAAGUUUGCGAAAUACCAGCUACAGCGCAGCAUCGACACGUGCAGCGCACGAAUCGCAGGCGUAGAGGAGAACAUCGAGACGAUGCUCAAAAUGGUACGCGAUCAGCACAAAGAGAUCGAGAUCCAAAUCGCCAAGGCAGCACGCGAAGGUAGGAGUGCGCUGCAGAGCAAACGAGGCAUCCUGGACGCCUUCAGCAGCCAGAUGGACUACGCGGAGCGGUACAUGAACUACUUAUGAAGGCGGGCGUUCUCAUUCCGUAGCCAAAGAUAGACUCUUUCCGUCGACUUGCGAUUUAGUAAAAGGACGACAAAGAACGGCUCGUUUUUGAAAGCCUGUGCCGUUGCUCUCCUAGGUACUAAACCUUCACAUUGUCAACCUUAAACCAAUGCCCCGUUUGUUUACAUGUUGUUCUCGUGUUUUGACUCUUCUAAACCGAAUUGCGAACCCGGACGUGCUGGACGCUGGAGAGUUUAUUGAGAUCGCCGAUCAGUUUCCCGUGCAGAUGCGCAGACUUGCAGCUGGCCUUAACGACAACGCGGAGUACGAAUUCGACGAGGGGGAAAGCUUCAUUCCGAACAUGCAAAUUGAGGGAGAAGUUGGAAUAAUAGAGCGGUGUAAGCCAAAGUACGUGUUCAAGAAAGCACAAAAGAACGUACUGGCGGCACAAAAGAUUACGGGAUUUUUGAAGCGGGAAGUUGGAAAGUACCCCUAUUCUGUUCGCUGUCCUGUUUUUUUAUGACAAUGUUGUUGAUGUAAGAAAACCAAAUUUCUGCAUAGUAUUCACAUCAUAUUUGACUCUACUUGUUCGAACAAACCUGCAAUUUCAGGAAGCAGUCACCCAUGACGCCGGCUAUUCCUACGCUUGUCACUCCGCGAGCACCGAGUACUGCUCAGGUGUCGCCCGCCGACAUGGUCGAAGAAAAGCAGGAAGAAGAGAGCCUUGUGGAACCGCUAGAAGCGCCUCAGCUGGAAGCCUCGGCCCCUCGCAGUUUAGCACCAACGCCGCAGGUACCAGCUUCCUUUCGUUUUGAUAACUACAAAAUCUUGAACUUCAGAACAAUGAAUUUUUUUAACCAGGAGUACAUGUUUGGAGGUCGUAUGAUCUCGGUUUGUGUUGUAGCAAGGAGGGAACUCUUUGGCAUCAUAGUCGUCCGAGGGGGAGGAGGCAUGGUACUUCUAGCAUACGAGAAUUAAGGUUUCAUCCUGCACCAGGUUCUUACCAAUCCGCUGUCUGCCCUUGGGCGCGCACCGGCAGAAAAGGAAACGUCGAGUAAUCCAUUGGCCGGAGCGGCCAGGACAAAUUUGAUGCCGUAUGAUAUCAUCGACUACGAGCUCGUCGACCACGAUAGCCAGCAAAUAGCCGCGUCUCCGCUCGAUUCAGGAGCUGCACAAGGAAAGGAUGUCUCGACUAAGCCGAGCUAUAACAGGACGGCAGGCGUGAAGCGCAUGUUUGCCGGUAGUCAGCAAUUGACGAAUUUGGAAAAUAUAAUCCGUCGCGAUCCGGAUAGAAUUCCGAUUAGUCAGCAAUACCGGAAGCUCUCAAAUUUACCUCCACCGCCAGAAUCCUGUGCCUCCACUAGGAAAUUUACUAACCUCCUCCGCAAGUCCUCUCGGGGUAUGAACGACGACACUUUGGGUACUACUUUCAUCUAGCGACUUCUCUAACAUUCGUUACGUUGACAAGCCUCAUCUGAUCCCAGUAAGCAGGUGGUGCUUCCAACAUGAUUCUUAGUUAAAAUGGUAGUGACGAACGCGAUAGUACUCACUGCACAAGGUGAUGAGUCAAUGUACCUGACAACAGCCGAGGCUCCGACGGAGUACGAAAGUGAUUUUGAGAGUAGCUCUAGCAGCAUCAUGGAUCCGAGUGAGAGCGUUUCGCAGGUCGGCCCAGUUUUCCAGUCACGUCGUGCAGGAGCAAGGAACCUGUUUGGCGGGAAGAGUGAGGUAUUCAUGUGCUUGUCAUCGUCAUGUAGAAUUUUUUCUUUACUACGAGAAGUUAUUUCGUUUGCCUCCAUAUCGUUUCCGUUUUGCAGGGAGAAUGUUACCCCCAGUCUAACUUGGUAUCAUGACAUCGUACGUUGGAACCAUUUUCAUCGUCCUCAUCCAAUUGACUGACUUGACGACUUUUGAUCAGGCCCUCGACAUGAUGGCACCCGGGGAGAAUACGAAGCCGGCUCCCGUUGCACCUGCUGCAGAAAACGUAACCGUACCGCCUACACCGGCUGCGCCGACCGAAUUUACGUUAGUCGUAGACAGCGGAGGUCAGAAACGCAAGUACCGAUUGAACAUCGUUCCUAAGAACCAGGGAGGUUUCGCGCCUGCUGCACGUGCUGCACCUGUUGGCGCUCAACACCAUGAUGUUGUCGCCAGAAAAAUGAGCGCCAUUGCCCAGAGCGGUUGCGGUGGCAGCCUCCGCGAGGCAAUUGGAGAAGUCUCAGUCGAGGCUCAGAAUCAACAGAGCGCGAGCGAGCAAGGCGACGGAAGCAUCAACUACGGCGUGCGAGUAAGCACAGCGGGCAGCGGAGCUCCGCGCUCCCCAGAAAAGAGCGAGGCUGACAGAGCUAGCGGUCUGUACACGACAUUACCGGAGGCGCGUGUGAGCGCCUUUAUUCGAGGCGAGCAGUCUGCGAAAACCUCGGUGGUAUCGAUAGAAACAGCAAAGAUGGCGGCAGGUGCACCUGGAUCUGCUGCACAGGCGUCGCUGUUGCCAGAAAUGCCGCUGCAGCAGGUGAUACUCGCCGAGUCUGCAGUGGUCUGAGUAAAAGGUGAGUGCAACCACCGAACCGUAAGAAAUUCAAUAAAGGUUUACAGCCUUGUCGAUGGCGACUAGAUCAUUAUUUAAUUGUGCAUACGGCGAUACGCUAACAAAAGCGUGCUUAAGUAUAACUUGUAAAGACUGCGAUUUUUAUGAUAUGAUGUCAAAUGAUGCAACCCUAAACUGAUUCAUUGGCCAAUGAUGCAAUGUUGGCAGGAUUCUGAACAGUGCGAAUGUCAAUGUGUAGGUGAAACUCAAAAAUACAUCAUGCUAAGAUGCCAAUAUCAUGCAGUUGCAGGCGUACAGUAAGAAUGAACAUUCCACACGUAUUACGACAACAUCAUAGUUAGUGAUGGAAAAUAUUUUCGACCUUAGAUGGAAAAAAAUCAUUUUUGCCCUCUACGGACUUUUUGCUUUCGACCCCGCCAUCCAGCUCCUCUUCUCGCCGCCUCUGGUACCACCCAUGCGCACUUAUCUUCUUCGACGUCCUAGUGUUUUGGCUCUAGCUGUUGCGGAGGCACGCAGGGAUGCCGUCGUAUCAUUUUUCCGGUGCUUCUCUGUAUUUGUGCCGUCUCGUCUCGACUCAUCGAUUGUCACAUCUGUGUAACAGCAAAUUAAAAAGAUUUGCUCCUCUUUUUACCACAACAUCGUAUUUGAAGAAGUUGAACUACGAUAAUAUUACGUGUCACAUUGGUCCGGUUCGGUGGUUCCAUUACUGCGCUUCCCUAUUCCGUUAUUUUUUGACUUAUCAGUUACCUUUCCCGUCCGAUGUCUAUGAUAAAGUCUUGAUUUCUCACCGUGUAGCUGUCUCAAUAUAAGGCAAAUAGUUUUACUUUCACACUAAAUUAGGCUGCCGCCUAUAUGCUUCAUCUCGUCUGUGACUUCGAAACUCUGUGUUACCUCCUUUGCUUGCGCGUUAUCGUGUUGAGGCUUAAGCACUAGUUUGAGUGUAUGUGAGUGCUGUCUGUCGUGCCAACUCUGGGAGUGUUUCAAAGCUUGACCAACAUGAUGAUGUGGCUUAAAAAAGUGGAUACUUCUAUAAUUAGGGCUCAAUAUAUUUCAUUUCUACAAGUCAUUUCUCCCUAUUACCUUCUCAGGAUUGGGAGAAAUGUAGGCAAGAAAUGAAUUGUUUUGAGCUCUAAUAUAAUAGACACUUGCAAACUUUCAACAUCUGAGCAAAUGAAUAAGUAACCUCCUCCCAUAGCAGGCAUUUGCGUUUUCCCCCUUAGUAUAAGUAGGAGGCUGUGCUGCAAAUCUUGAUUGGCUUUUGCCCGUAAAACGGCGAAGGUUUAGGUCCAGCGACGCUCAAAGCACUAAAAAAAACAACCGGUUAGUUUUUACCGCUAAAACUUAGGCUUAUCCCAUGCAGCAAAUACUUUCAUAACAUGGUAGAUGCACGCGCAGACUCCACUUUCUCUUAGCAUAUCUUGUCUGUGAUUAUGUAUUUUGGUCGUUCAGGGAUGAGCAGUUUGUUACCGAGCACCUUGUUGCCGCAGAAUAUUCACGUUCUUUGUCAGCAGAGGUUUGGACGGAUAUGUACAGAAAAAAGAAUCGCAACAAACUCAAUGUACUUACACGACUCUCAGCGUAAGAAGUGACUAACAUUUGUAGAUACAGUCUAACAUGCAUUUCAGCAUAUGAAGAGGACGGAAGCCGGUUGACCGCAGUCAUCCAUAGAUUGGUGUCAAAAAAUGUAUCAACACAUGACCAUUGACAUAGAAACACAAGAACAUGU